GUUCAGAUCACAUAUCGAACGUAAGUGACUAGUGCUUGUGAGAUAUUUUUGUGCUUGAUUAUCAUCUGUGUCCAUAGCUACCCAGGAUUGUACUCACAUGGACUGAAGGCUCUAGGGCUAGAAUACGUGUCUCGAUAGCCCGAUUGCAGUCCGUACACCAUGCCGAAGCCACAGAAACAAGAAGGGGAUGAUCCCGAUCCAACCCCCUACUUGUUCGUGUCCCUAGAACAGAAGCGCAUCGACCAGACCAAGCCCUAUGACGCCAAGAAAUCAUGCUGGGUACCGGACGACAAGGAAGGGUUCGUCCUGGGAGAGAUCAAGGGCACCAAGGGCGAUCUCGUCACCGUUGGAAUUCCUGGAGGAGAGGAAAAGCAUUUUAAAAAGGAAAACGUCCAUCAAGUGAACCCCCCGAAAUACGAAAAAGUUGAGGACAUGGCCGACCUGACCUACCUCAACGAUGCUGCAGUGUUGCACAAUCUGAAGCAGCGAUACUACGCCAAACUGAUCUACACUUACUCAGGUCUCUUCUGUGUUGCCAUCAAUCCCUACAAGCGUUUCCCUGUGUACACCAACCGUUGUGCUAAGUUGUACCGUGGUAAGAGGCGUAAUGAAGUACCUCCUCACAUUUUUGCCAUUUCUGAUGGUGCCUACGUCAACAUGUUGACCAACCACGAGAAUCAAUCUAUGUUGAUUACCGGAGAGUCUGGUGCUGGUAAGACUGAAAACACGAAGAAGGUAAUUGCUUACUUUGCUACCGUUGGUGCCUCAACCAAGAAGACAGAAGACUCCACCAAAAAAGGCAACUUGGAAGAUCAAGUCGUACAAACUAACCCUGUCCUUGAAGCUUUCGGUAACGCCAAGACCGUUCGUAAUGACAACUCUUCACGUUUCGGUAAAUUCAUCCGUAUUCACUUUGGUCCCACUGGUAAAUUAGCUGGUGCUGAUAUCGAAACUUAUCUUCUCGAGAAAGCUCGUGUCAUAUCUCAACAGACCCUUGAGAGAUCUUACCACAUCUUCUACCAGAUCAUGUCUGGAGCUGUACCUGGAGUAAAAGAAAAAUGUUUGUUGUCGAAUAACGUCAAUGAUUACAACUUUGUGGCGCAAGGAAAAACCAGCAUUCCCGGUGUAGAUGAUAGUGAAGAGUUUAGAGUAACAGAUGAAGCCUUCGACAUUCUCGGUUUCACCCAAGAAGAAAAAGACAAUGUCUACAAAAUCACUGCCUCUGUCAUGCACAUGGGUACCAUGAAGUUCAAGCAAAGGGGUCGUGAAGAACAAGCCGAGCCAGACGGUACCGAGGAAGGAGAGAAAGUGGGAAAACUGUUGGGAGUUGAGGCUGCUGCCCUCUACCAGGCCUUCGUCAAACCAAGGAUCAAGGUCGGAAAUGAAUUCGUCACCCAAGGGCGUAACGUGAACCAAGUGUCCUACUCUGUGGGCGCUAUGUCGAAGGGUAUGUUCGACAGGGUGUUCAAGUUCUUGGUCAAGAAAUGUAACGAAACUCUGGACACCAAGCAGAAGAGACAGCACUUCAUCGGUGUGCUUGAUAUCGCUGGUUUCGAAAUCUUCGAUUUCAACGGGUUUGAACAGCUUUGUAUCAACUUUACCAAUGAAAAGUUGCAACAGUUCUUUAACCAUCACAUGUUCGUUCUUGAACAAGAAGAAUACCAAAGAGAAGGCAUUGAAUGGGCCUUCAUAGAUUUUGGUAUGGACUUGGCAGCCUGUAUCGAACUGAUCGAGAAGCCUAUGGGUAUCUUGUCCAUUCUUGAAGAAGAAUCUAUGUUCCCCAAAGCCACGGACAAGACCUUCGAAGAGAAACUGAACACCAACCACUUGGGCAAAUCUCCGAACUUCCAGAAACCCAAACCACCAAAGCCUGGUCAACAAGCUGCUCACUUCACUCUUGGUCACUACGCUGGUAAUGUACCAUACAACAUCACUGGUUGGUUGGAGAAGAACAAGGACCCUCUCAACGACACUGUUUGUGACUUGUUCAAGAAGGGGUCCAACAAACUGUUGGUAGAGAUCUUUGCUGAUCAUCCUGGACAGUCUGGUGGAGCUGCUGAGAAGGGUUCUUCUAAGAGAACAAAGGGUUCUGCUUUCCAGACCGUUUCCAGUUUAUACAAGGAACAACUUAACAACUUGAUGACCACUCUGAGGUCUACCCAACCUCACUUCGUUCGUUGUAUUAUCCCCAACGAGUUGAAACAACCUGGUGUGAUCGAUUCCCACUUGGUGAUGCACCAGUUGACAUGUAACGGUGUACUUGAAGGUAUCCGUAUCUGUCGUAAAGGUUUCCCCAACAGGAUGGUCUACCCUGACUUCAAACUUCGUUAUAAGAUCCUGAACCCAGCUGCAGUAGCCAAAGAAAGUGAUCCCAAAAAAGCAGGAGCUCACAUCUUGGAAGCGUCUGGCUUGGAUUCAGAAUUGUACCGUAUGGGUCAUACCAAGGUCUUCUUCCGUGCUGGUGUCCUGGGUCAGAUGGAGGAACUCAGAGACGAGCGUCUCAGCAAGAUCGUAACCUGGAUGCAGUCCUGGGUACGAGGUUACCUCUCCAGGAAGGAGUUCAAGAAGCUGCAGGAACAGCGCCUGGCUCUCCAAGUGUGCCAGAGGAACCUGCGCAAGUACCUGAAGCUGCGCACCUGGCCGUGGUACAAAUUGUGGCAGAAGGUCAGGCCUCUACUCAACGUCACUCGCAUCGAGGAUGAAAUCGCCAAACUUGAGGAGAAGGCCCAGAAGGCUCAAGAAGCUUUCGAACGUGAAGAGAAAGCCAAGAAGGAACUUGAAGCCUUGUAUGCCAAGCUGCUGGCUGAGAAGACUGAGCUAUUGAACAGCUUAGAAGGAGAGAAGGGUUCCUUGUCUGAGACUCAAGAAAGGGCUAACAAACUGCAAGCCCAAAAGAAUGACUUGGAAGCCCAAUUAUCGGAAACCCAAGAUCGCCUCAGCCAAGAAGAAGACGCCCGCAACCAGCUCAACCAGCAAAAGAAAAAGCUUGAACAAGAGAUGUCCGGAUAUAAGAAGGACAUCGAAGACUUGGAACUCAACCUCCAGAAGUCCGAGCAAGACAAAGCCACCAAGGACCAUCAAAUCAGAAACUUGAACGACGAAAUCGCUCACCAGGACGAACUCAUCAACAAGCUCAACAAGGAGAAGAAACUCUCGGGAGAAAACAACCAGAAGAUCUCCGAAGAACUUCAAGCAGCUGAGGACAAAGUCAACCACCUCAACAAGGUGAAAGCCAAGCUCGAGCAGACUCUGGACGAGCUGGAAGACUCCUUGGAACGGGAGAAGAAACUCCGAGGUGACGUUGAGAAGUCCAAGCGCAAGGUCGAAGGCGACUUGAAGCUGACCCAAGAAGCUGUAGCUGAUUUGGAACGCAACAAGAAGGAGCUCGAACAAACCAUCCAACGCAAAGACAAGGAAAUCUCUUCUCUCACCGCCAAGCUGGAAGACGAACAAUCCGUUGUUGGUAAGCAACAGAAGCAAGUGAAGGAGCUGCAAGCACGCAUUGAGGAACUAGAAGAAGAGGUCGAAGCUGAGCGUCAAGCUCGUGCCAAGGCCGAGAAACAACGCGCUGACUUGGCUAGAGAGCUUGAAGAACUUGGUGAACGUUUGGAGGAAGCUGGUGGUGCUACUAGCGCCCAAAUCGAGCUGAACAAGAAACGUGAAGCUGAGUUGGCUAAGCUGCGUCGGGAUCUUGAGGAAUCUAACAUCCAGCACGAGAGCACUCUUGCUAACCUACGCAAGAAGCACAAUGAUGCUGUUUCUGAAAUGGGCGAACAAAUUGACCAGUUGAACAAGCUUAAGGCUAAGGCUGAGAAAGAGAAGGCCCAGUACUUCGGUGAACUCAACGACCUACGAGCAUCUGUUGAUCACUUGGCUAACGAGAAGGCUGCUAUCGAAAAGGUAUCGAAACAACUUGGACAACAACUCAACGACGUACAAGGCAAACUCGACGAAACAAACCGCACUCUCAACGACUUCGACGCUGCCAAGAAGAAACUCUCCAUCGAGAACUCCGACCUGCUCAGACAACUGGAAGAAGCCGAGUCCCAAGUCUCCCAACUCAGCAAGAUCAAGGUCUCCCUCACCACCCAAUUGGAAGACACCAAACGCCUGGCAGAUGAAGAAGGCAGAGAACGUGCCACCCUUCUGGGCAAAUUCCGUAACUUGGAACACGAUCUGGACAACAUCCGCGAGCAAGUCGAAGAAGAAGCCGAAGCCAAGGCCGAUAUCCAACGCCAACUCAGCAAAGCGAACGCUGAAGCUCAGCUCUGGCGCCAGAAAUACGAAUCAGAAGGAGUUGCCCGUUCCGAAGAACUCGAGGAAGCCAAGAGGAAAUUGCAAGCUCGUCUUGCUGAAGCUGAGGAAACCAUCGAAUCCCUCAACCAGAAGGUUGUAGCUCUCGAGAAGACCAAGCAACGUUUGGCCACUGAAGUAGAAGAUCUGCAACUGGAAGUCGACCGUGCCAAUGCCAUCGCCAAUGCCGCUGAGAAGAAACAAAAAGCAUUCGACAAGAUCAUUGGUGAAUGGAAACUCAAGGUUGACGAUCUUGCUGCUGAACUUGAUGCUAGCCAGAAGGAAUGCAGGAACUACUCCACCGAACUGUUCAGGCUCAAAGGAGCUUACGAAGAAGGCCAAGAACAACUUGAGGCUGUCCGUCGUGAGAACAAGAAUCUCGCUGAUGAAGUCAAGGACCUCCUCGACCAAAUUGGAGAAGGCGGCCGCAACAUCCACGAAAUCGAAAAAGCCAGGAAACGCUUGGAGGCUGAGAAGGACGAGCUCCAAGCGGCUUUGGAAGAAGCCGAAUCCGCUUUGGAACAGGAAGAAAACAAAGUACUCCGCAGCCAACUGGAGCUGUCUCAGGUACGUCAAGAAAUCGACAGACGCAUCCAAGAGAAGGAAGAAGAGUUCGAAAACACACGCAAAAACCACCAGAGAGCCCUCGACUCCAUGCAAGCAUCCCUGGAAGCCGAAGCCAAGGGCAAGGCUGAGGCCCUCCGCAUGAAGAAGAAGUUGGAAGCUGACAUCAACGAAUUGGAAAUCGCUUUGGACCAUGCCAACAAGGCUAACGCCGAGGCACAAAAGACCAUCAAGCGCUACCAACAACAGCUCAAGGACACUCAGACCGCUCUGGAAGAAGAACAACGUGCUCGCGAUGAAGCUCGUGAACAACUCGGCAUCUCAGAACGUCGUGCCAAUGCCCUUCAGAACGAACUUGAAGAGUCUCGCACUCUUCUGGAACAAGCUGACAGAGCUCGCCGUCAAGCUGAACAAGAACUUGGUGAUGCUCACGAGCAACUCAACGAAUUCGGUGCUCAGAACGCUUCCCUCUCAGCAGCCAAGAGGAAACUGGAAACCGAGCUUCAGACCCUCCACUCUGACUUAGACGAGCUUCUCAACGAAGCUAAGAACUCAGAAGAGAAGGCCAAGAAGGCUAUGGUAGAUGCCGCGCGUCUGGCCGACGAGCUCAGAGCCGAACAAGACCACGCUCAGACUCAGGAGAAGCUCAGGAAGGCCCUCGAGUCCCAGAUCAAGGACCUGCAAGUGCGUUUGGACGAAGCUGAGGCUAAUGCCCUCAAGGGAGGCAAGAAGGCCAUCGCCAAGCUGGAACAACGCGUCAGGGAGUUGGAGAAUGAAUUGGACGGCGAGCAGAGGAGACACGCUGAUGCUCAGAAGAACCUGAGGAAAUCAGAGCGCCGUAUCAAGGAGCUGAGCUUCCAGGCGGAAGAAGACAGGAAGAACCAUGAGCGCAUGCAGGAUCUGGUUGACAAGCUGCAGCAGAAGAUCAAGACCUACAAGAGGCAGAUUGAGGAGGCGGAAGAGAUCGCCGCGUUGAAUCUGGCCAAGUUCCGCAAGGCUCAGCAGGAGUUGGAGGAGGCUGAGGAGCGUGCGGAUUUGGCAGAGCAGGCUAUUGCCAAGUUCAGGGCCAAGGGACGUGCUGGAUCUACCGCUAGAGGAGUCAGUCCAGGACCCCAAAGACAGCGCCCCACUAUGGGAAUGGGAGACCAACUGGGUGGCCCUUUUCCUCCUAGGUUCGACCUUGCUCCAGAAUACGAAUAAACUAAGCGCUGUGUUGUUUGAAUGAACAUUCUUUCGCUGUUCCACCAACGAAGCGAAGUACAUUUAAAUAUUCAUUUUUUUAUUUUUUGUUUUUUUGAAUAUUAGAGUUGUAUGAUUCUGUUUUCAAAUAAUGUGAAUGUUGAGAAAAAGGGAAUCCAGGGCGUAAGAGACACGUAUUUACCAUCAAAUAGCCCUUCGAUCUGCUUGUUCUCAAGAAAUGACAGCUAUUUUAUAAUGUAGGUUAUUAUUAAUUGAAAAAAGUAUGUGUGAAACGUUGUAUGAUAUAAGGCACCAAUAAACAAAAAGUUAUCUCGUUCCCAUCGUGUUUAUUUCAUUCUGUAUUUAUUAUGUUGUUCAUUGUUGAUAAUUUUAUUAUAAAAUUGAUGGAUUAUAUUAUUUAGUGAAUAAAUACUAAAUUUG